AGUCAAGAUGGCGGCGAAAUCCGAUGGCGGUGGCGUGGGGGUGGGCUUCGCCCAGCUGCACAACCUGGACGAGGCGGUGGGCAGCGGCGGCGAGGAGGACGGGGAGCCCGGGGGAGGCGGCUGCGGCGGCGGCGGCGACGGCAGCGAGCCCGGCGAGAGCAGCUCGCUGCACAUCUGCCACUGCUGCAACACUUCCUCGUGCUACUGGGGCUGCCGCUCCGCCUGCCUGCGCUCCCUCCUGGGCAAGAAGCCGCGCCGCAGCGCCGCCGCCGCCGACGGGGGGGACCAGCCGCUGCAGCCGCCCGCGGCCGCCGGCCGCCACCCCCCGACGCCCUCGGCCGAGCGGCCGCAGGUGGAGCGGCCGUGGCUCGACUGCCUGUGGAUCGUGCUGGCGCUGCUAGUCUUCUUCGGGGACGUGGGCACCGACCUGUGGCUUGCCCUCGACUACUACCGCAAGGGGGACUACGGCUACUUCGGGCUGACCCUCUUCUUCGUGCUGGUGCCGUCCCUGUUGGUGCAGAGCCUGAGCUUCCGCUGGUUCGUGCAGGACUACACGGGCGGCGGGCUGGGCGCCGUGGAGGGGCUCAGCAGCCGGGGCCCCCCCAUGAUGGGGGCCGUCUACGGCCAUGGCGCGGGGGUCCCGGCCACGCCGGGGGCGCAGCGCCUCUGCCGCCUCUCCGUGUGGAUCUGGCAGACGGUCAUCCACCUGCUGCAGAUGGGGCAGGUGUGGAGGUAUAUCCGCACCAUGUACCUGGGGAUUCAGAGCCAGCGGCAGAAGGAACACCAGCGACGCUUCUACUGGGCUAUGAUGUACGAAUAUGCAGACAUUAACAUGCUGCGCCUCCUGGAGACCUUCCUGGAAAGCGCCCCCCAACUGGUGCUACAGCUCUGCAUAAUGAUCCAGAAGAGCCGCGCCGAGACGCUGCCCUGUGUCUCCUCUGUGACUUCCCUGAUGUCCCUGGCUUGGGUGCUAGCCUCCUAUCACAAGCUGCUGCGGGACUCCAGGGACGACAAGAAGAGUAUGAGCUACAGAGGGGCCCUGAUCCACCUCUUCUGGCGCCUCUUCACCAUCUCAUCCAGAGUUAUCUCUUUUGCCCUCUUUGCUUCCAUCUUCCAGCUCUACUUCGGGAUCUUCGUGGUGGUUCACUGGUGCGCCAUGGCCUUCUGGAUCAUCCAUGGCGGAACAGACUUCUGCAUGUCCAAGUGGGAGGAGAUCCUCUUCAAUAUGGUGGUAGGGAUCGUGUACAUUUUCUGCUGGUUUAACGUCAAGGAAGGGCGGACUCGAUAUCGAAUGUUUGCAUAUUAUACGAUAGUCUUGACCGAGAACGCUGCCUUGACGUUCCUUUGGUAUUUUUACAGAGACCCGGAGACCACUGACUCCUUUGCGGUGCCAGCACUGUGUUGUGUCUUUAUUAGCUUUGUGGCUGGGAUUGCACUGAUGCUCUUAUAUUAUGGUGUGCUGCAUCCCACGGGGCCGCGAGCUAAGAUCCUGGCCAGCUCCUGUUGUGCCGAGCUGCUCUGGGGCAUCCCUCUGCCCCCCGAUGUUGAGCCCAUGGCGCCUCAGACCCCUGGGUACCGGGGGACCCAGGUCACGCCUACCAGAGCCGUAACGGGACAACAGGAGGAUCUCACGGCUGACACUUGCUUGCCCGUUUUCCAAGUGAGACCCAUGGGGCCCGCUACCCCGUUGGGGCGUCCUUACCUCCCAGAAGGGCCCCUCAUUAAGAUUGACAUGCCAAGAAAGAGAUACCCAGCUUGGGAUGCUCAUUUUGUAGACAGGAGGUUGAGAAGGACUGUUAACAUUCUGCAGUAUGUCACCCCCGCCGCGGUAGGCAUUCGGUAUCGAGACGGACCGCUCCUUUACGAGUUGCUACAGUAUGAGUCUUCACUCUAAGAGCAUCUUGACCCAAGUUGAGAAGGGGACCUUAAGUUUGGUUUGCGGUAAA